AUGCCUCCCUUCCCCUCCCCGCUGCCUUCCUUCCCCACUCCCGGUACCUCCUCCCCCGCUCCCUCUUUGCCCCCCUCCCCGCACCCCCUCACAGGGCUGACGUGGUUCCCGAACGCCAGUGCGGACGACGAUUGGCUGGAAGAGGCUGCUACGGCCUCACACGCCUUGCCGCCGGCUCAGGCUGCGAGCAGGAGCGCUGUAUCAGGACACGUGCGAGAGGAGGUCGUCAAGAUCGAGGAGAUCUCCACAGAGAUCGUGACCGUCCAGGAGAUAUCCACCGAGAUCGGACGGCCAGCCAGGUCCCGCCGAUCAGGGGCAAGAGCCGCGCGAGAAGCAGGCUCAGGCGAAGCGGAGGAGAAGAAGAAAGGGAAGAAGGGGAAGAAGGUAGCUAGGUCGAAACGAGAAGCACAGCCGCCGGAUGAGGCGACUAGCGCGGAUCCUAGGUUGCCUGAACGGGUGCGGCCUGCAGUAAGAGAUGUUGUAGUGCCACAAACAACAGCGGAAGCACAGACGCCCAGUUCUAGCCCUGCUCCUGCUGCCAGUGGUGCUGGUGGUGCCAGUGGUGCUGGUGGUGCCAGUGGUGCUGGUGGUGCUGGUAGGACUGGGCUUAUAGCUGGCUUGGCAGCAGGGGCAGCAGCAGCAGGCGGGGCCGUAGCAGCCGGGGUGGCAGGUUUGGUUGCAGGGCGAGAAGCCAAGCCAGCAGAAGAAGCAACCAGCGGGGAUGCGAUGGAGGGGGUGGAAGGUUCAGAAGGGGUGCGAGGUUCGGAAGGGGUGGGGGGGUCGGAAGGGAUGAGGGAAGACUCGAGAACGUCAGUUGCAGCCGUGCUGGCGUCAGGGGACACUGCAAGAGACCUCAGUAGUGUUGGCGACUCAGAGUCUGCCGUACAAAGUCUGCCUGAACCAACAGCACAAGCAGCACGAACAGCAGGGGCAGCAGAAGCAGCAGAAGCAACAGAGGCAGCAGAAGCAGCAGACACGGGUGAUAGAGGUGAAGCGGCAGAAGCAGGUUCAGCAGGGGAAGCAGGCCCGAGCGGAGCAGCAGUUGCUGCUGCAGCUGGGGCUGGUGCCGGGGCAGCAGUGGCAGGCGCCGUGGUAGGAGGAGCUCUAGGCGCUGCUCUAGGCUCUCGGGAAAUCUCUAGAGACGAUCCCAGAGAGCAGUCCGGUGGGGGGUCGAAACGAGCCACCCCUGGGACUCCGCUAGGUGGGAGCUCGCCUGUGUCUGCAGGGGAAGGGGGGGGCAGGCGGGAGGCGAAGGCGAAGCGGAACAGGGUGGGGGAGGGGGCGUUUGGAUCAGGGGAUCAGCAGGAAGGGGUGUUCGGUGGGGAGGUUUCUGGGGGGAGCGGACGGCAGGGGAGCCAGGGGCGCGGAAGCAUGGGGAGAAGCAGCGGCAGUAGUGGCAGUGGCAGAGAUAGGGAUACGCUCCUGCAGCAGCAGCAGGUGCAGCAGCAGCAGCGGCAGCAGCAGCAGCAGUCAUGGUCGAAGCAGCCCCUACCUGGUCAUGGUCCUGGCGGCGCUACUGGUAUGCCUCCUAUACGCAGCAACAGCGAGCUUCCCCCCCUUCCCUACCGCAGCACCAGCGGCCUUCCCCCCCAGCCCCUCCGCAGCAGCAGCGGCCUUGCUGCCCUCUCCGCACCAACCAAUAGCAAUCUCCUGCAGCGCGCCGCCACGGGCAGCGGUGACCGUUGGAUCUUCCACUCUGGCGCGGAUCGGGACCAGCUUGUGGAGUCGGAUUCAAGUGAUGACUCGGAGACGAUGAGUGGGCGGCUGGAGGGCGGGUUGGGGGACUCGUGGGGGAGAGCGCGAGGGGGAGACGAAGCAGGGUCGUUCAAAGCGGGGAGUCUGGCGAGUCAGGGGUCUAGAGGCGGAGGCAUGAGUCCCGUAUCUGAAAUAGGGGAGCAGGGAGCGGGUACCAUUUCAGGGAGAGCGAGGGGCGGGUUAUGGCAUGGGGCUCCUCGCCCUAGCAGCGCGGGCAAGUCUGGGAGAUCACGGCUAGGAAAGAGAUCGCCUAGAGGUUCGUCUCUAGGGGCAGGGAUGCUGGAGCGAGUAGCAGGUGGGACGGCGGACAGCAGAGGGAGUUUUGGCACAGGGGCGGAGAUUAACAGAGCGAGUAAGAGCAUGAGGGGGUUGCCAGUAGAGGGGUUGGCCAGCGCUGGGGCUAGUGGGGCGUGGAGCUCGUCGGAUGGCGAGGGGAGUGUGGAGAGGAGGGGGGCAGCAGCGGCGGCUCAGCCUGUGGUUGUGGGAUUUGUGGGGCCUGCCAGGCCGGGUACGCCUGUUUCGCUGUCCAGGGUUGGGUCUGGGGCUCCUGUGCUGCGCCCUGCGACUUCGGGGGGUUUGUUGCUGGAGGAUGUGGGGAAGUAUGAUGACUGGGUGGUGUAUGAGAGUGAGGGGGAGGAGGAGGAGGUGCAGAGUAGGCUUGUCCGGGGGAGGGGGAGAGUGGUGGAGAAGAGGGUGGUGCAGGAGGGGGGGGUGGCGGGGGUUGUGGAUAAGAAGGAGGUGAGGGAGGGAGGGCAUGCACAGGGAGUAGGAGCAGCAGCAGCAGCAGCGGCAGGGGCAGGGGCAGCGGGGAUGACGGUUGGGAAUGUGGGGCGGAGGAAUGGGGUAGAGAGGGACGUGUGGAGAGCAGGGGAAGAGGACUCUGAUGACUCGGACUCGGAAAUCAAACACGAGGCGGGAUGGGGGCCUGCCUCACAACAGCAGCAGCAGCAACAGCAGAGUAACGGAUUCAUGUUCAACAGCCAAGGGGGAAUGCCAGGGGGCGGGUUUCACCCGGGGGAGGUUCAUUCGGGGCAGGGUCAGCCUGGCGCAAGGCAUGCACCCCAGCCACCCACCAGCCCGCGACCAUCAUCUCCCCGACCUCUCCCUUUCGCAUCUAGGUCUCGGUCCUCUGCCCCCGCUCCUCCUCACCCCCAGCAGCAGCUCCCCCCUCGCCCUGUCGGCCCUCCUACCGCCUCCUCCUCUCAGCUCGGCCCUUCACAGCCCCACCCAUUCGCGUCAGGAACAGCAGGUAAGCCGCGCAUACCCCCCAUCCCCCCGGCUUAUGGUCACUCCCCUGCUUAUGCCGCACCUGCUGCUGCGUCUGCUGCUGUGCCGGGUUCCGGCCUGCACCCGUUCGCCCCUGGCGGUUACGCGGGAGGGGCGGGAGCUCCUGCAGCAGCAGCAGGGGCUGUGCCUGGGGGCCAGCAGGCAGGGGGGCAGCAGGCAGGGGGGCAGCAGUCGUGGGGGGGGUCUGUGGCAGGGUUCUUUGCAGGGGCAAGCGCGUUUGUGUUUGGGGCGAAGCAUGACGGGCAAGCAGGGAGAGAGGCAGGGAAGGAGGCGCAGCAAGGAAAGGACUUGAAUCAGGCAGGUGAUGCUGGGGCUGGGUUAAGGGACGGGGAGCAAGGGGGGUCUGGGGCGGCAGGUACAGCAGCUGCAGCAGGUGUAGCAAGUGUAGCAAGUGGGGGCAGUGGUAGUGGCGGUGCCAGUGGUAGUGGUAGUGGUAGUGCUAUGCGCCCUCCUCGUCCUCCUUCCCUUGCCAUUCCUGGAGCAAAGGAUAAUGCCACUAGCCCUGGUGCUGGCCGCUAUUCCACCCAUACACAUGCAGGAGCAAACGGAGAGGUUGCAGAGCCGCCAGCAGCAGCAGCAGCAGCUAGUGCUGCUGGUGCUGCUGCUGCUGCUCCUGGUGUGUUUGUGCUAGCGGAGGGGCAUGAGGCUCUUAUGUCUCCCAUUGCGUUCGUUACAGUGUCGCCUGCUAAGAGCACAGGGAGAGGCGCAGAUGGAGCUGCAUUGCCAGGGGCAGCUGCAGCAGCGGCGGCGGUGCCUGGGAGAGCGGUGGGAGGAGCAGCAGAGAUGGGGGUGAUGAGUCAGCAGCCUGCACAGGGGUACCGGCCUGGGGCGGGGCUUGGUGGGUGGAGUAAAGGCUCUGGUGCUAGGGCUGGUGGGUUUGGUAUAGGGUGGGGGGAGGGGAGUGAGGAGGAGGAAAGUGAAGAGGCGGAGAGUGAGGAAGCGACGGAGGAGGGUGAAGAGUAUGAGGAGGAGGAAGAGGAUGAAGAGGAGGAAGAGGAGGAGAUGGAGUAUAGUAGUGAUGAGGAGAGUGAGGAGGAAAGUGAGGAAGAGAUUGAGGAAGAGAGUGAGGAGGAAAUUGAGGAGGAGAGUGAAGAGGAGAUCGAGGAGGGGAGCGAGGAGGCAACUGAGGAUGCAAGUGAGGAGGAAGAGGAGGAAGAGGAGGAGGAAGAAGAGAGCGAGGAUGAGAGUGUAGGUGCGUGGGUGGGCAGACCGAUACUGGCACCGUCACAGGGAGGCACUCCCACGGGCUAUAGCGGCAUGAAAACCCCCGAUGCAAUCGGAGGCAUCGUGUUUAUCAACGAGUACGGCGCCGCACCCCCCUCCCCUUUUCUGGAGGCAAAUUCUAUGCGUACUGGAGGGGGUACGAGCGGGGCCAGCACGCCGUUGAGUGGGGGAGCUGGCAUGGGAAUGGGUGGGGCGAGUGGGGCAAUGGGGGGGGGGAGCAAGUCGCCUAGUGGCAGGCCAGGGGAGGAUGAUGAGCGUGUGUUUGUGGUUUUUAACAAGUCGAGAUUCUCACCCACUGCUGCUGGCGCUGCUGCUGCUGCUGCUGGCGCUGGUGGUGCUGCUGGUGGUGCUGGUGGUGGUGGCUUGUUGGCUGAUACUCAAGGAUCAGGGACCCUUGUGGUGAGGAUUGAGAGAGGUGCGGAGGAGGAGGGAAGUGAGGAGGACGAGGGGGAGGUUGGCAGUGAGGGGUGGGAUGGAGGGGAGAGUGGGGAGGAGGAUGGGAGUGAGGGUCGGAGUGGGAUGGAAGGAGAGAGUGAGGAGGCUGAGAGUGAGGAGGGAAGUGGGUUUGAUGGAAGUGCUGAGGGAGAGAGUGAGGGGGAGAGUGAAGGGAGUGAAGGGGAGGAGAGUGGGACAGAAGGGAGUGAGAUGAGGGUAGGUAGGGAGGAGGGAGAAGAUGGGGAAUUUAGUGCGGUGGAGAGUGGUGCUUCUGGAGGGAGUGAGGGGAGCGAGGAGGAGAGUGAGGAGGGGAGUGAGGAGGGGAGUGAGGAGGGGAGUGAGGAGGAGAGUGAGGAGGGCAGUGAGUCAAGCCUUAGCCCUGUGGGGAGUUCAGACGAGGGAGAGACUGAGUACGUGGGGAGUGGGGAAAGUGAGACAGAAGAGAGUGAGGAGGAGAGAGGGAGUGAGGAAGAGAGUGGGAGUGAGGAGGAGAGUGGGAGUGAGGUGGAGAGUGAGAGUGAGGGGACGGAAAGUGGUUCGAGUGAAAGCGAGGGGAGUGAGGAGACAGGGUCGAGUGAUGAUGAGGAUGGCACAACUUUGGAUGGCACAUGGGACGGCACAUUGGAUGGCACAAUGGAUGGCACUGUGGGCGGCACAAUAGACGACAGAACGCUGGAUGGGACAGAGGUUGUGACUCCAGGCGGGAGUGACACUAUGGAGCGGACUUUCACCCUGGAAGAGACCGAGACAGCUGUUAGUGAGAUGCUGGGAAGGACGUUGACUAGGGAGGGGAGUGGGACUAUUGAGGGGAGUGAGCUUAUAGAGGGGACGGAUGCAAUGGGGCGAAGUAUCACGUUUGAGACAGUGGGGAGGACUGAGACGUUUGAAGGCAGUGGGACUAUAGAGAGAAGUGGCACUAUGGAGGGGAGUGGUACUAUUGGGAGGAGUGACACUAUGGAGGGAAGUGAGGCUAUGGGGAGAACCAACACGUUUGAAACCCUCGGGGAGACUAGGACUUACGAAGGCAGUGAUACAAUGGAGGGGAGUGAGACUAUGGAGGGGAGUGAGACCUUUGAAAGGAGUGGCACUAUGGAGGGGAGUGAGACUGCUGGGACGGCAGAUAGAACCUUGACUUCGGAGGGAACUGAUGUUCCGAGUGAUAGUGAAAGGGGUGGCCGUAGGAGGGCAGACAGUGACAGGGACAGCAGUCAGAGGGAUGGUAGCUCGUAUGAGGAAGAUAGCUUAUCCAAGGGGAGUGAGGAGAGUGAAGAGAGUGAGGAGAGCGAAGGGAGUGAUGUGACAGAGAGUGUGGAAGAUGGUGAUACUAUGGAGGAUAGUGAUAGUAUGGAGGGGAGUGAGGCGGUGAGCAGGAGUGCAGCGAGCAGGAGCAGAGGAGGGUACAGUGAUGAUGUUGUGCUUAUAGAGGUGGUGACUGUAACAGGGUCUCGAACCAGUGGGACCCGGGAAGACUUGUCGAGCGUGCGAGGGAUGAGUGAGAUUGGGAGUGAGAUGGGGAGGAGUGAGAUGAGUAGGAGGAAGAGAGCGGGGAGUGAGAGUAUGGGGAGUGAUACAGAUGGGACAGAGAUGGAGGCAAGUGAGUCGGGCAUGAGUGGGAGCGAGGAGAGUGGGAGUGAGGGGAGUGGGGAUGAGGAGAGUAGGAGUGAGGAGAGUGGUAGUGGAGGGAGCAGCAGGAGUGGAAGUGAUGAGAGUGAGGGGAGUGAGAGUGAGGGUAGUGAGAGUGAUGGCGAUGAGAGUGCAAGUCACAGCUCAGCAGUGUCUGGAACAUAUGACUCCCACUCCCACACCCAUUCACAGAGCAGUGGCGCUGCGUCAUUGGCGGAUGCGAUGCGGUCGCCUGGAUGGAAGAGACCCCUCACUGUGAAGGUGGGGGGUAGCUCCCAAGAGCCUAGUUCAGAGGAAGAGGAGGUGGAGGAGGAGGAGGAGGAGGAAGAGGAUGAUGAUGAGGAGGAAGGCAGUGAGGGUGUUACUGCAACUGAGGAGGAGGAGGAGGAGGAGGAGGGAAGCUCAAUUGAGGAUGAGGAUGAAGAGGAGGAGGAGGAGGAGCAGGAGGAGAGUGUGUUUACAGACAAUAGGAGCUCAGAGGGACAAGGGAGUUUAGAGAGCGACAGGAGGUCAGAAAGUGAGAGGGGAUCAGAAGGGGAAGAAGACGAAGAGGAGGAGCAGGAGGAGAGUGUGUUUACAGACGACAGGAGCUCAGAAGCAGGGCAAAGCACAGAAAGUGACAGGCGUUCAGAAGGGGAUAGGUCAGAGGGUGACAGGUCAGAGGAGGAUGGGAUGUCAGAGGGAGAGGAUGAUACCGAGGAAGAAGGAGGGGAGAGUUUUGGGAGCGAGGAGGAGGAGAGGGCGGCAAAGAUGCUUCGAGCAGAGAGCAAGAGGCGGUUUGAUGCAGUGCUCGGGCAGCUGAAGGGGCAGCUGAAGGUUCUGUCGCAGCAGGAUUCACAGGGGAGCGGGCAGUCUGAAGGCAGUGAGGGGAGUGGGGAGGGGAGUGAGGAGGGGAGUGAGGAGGGGAGUGAGGGAUUUUGGGGGUCUGAUAGGAGUGGAGUGGGUGUGGGAGAUGGGAGGAGAGAGGAGGAGGAGAGUGGGGAGGGUGAGGAGGAGUAUGAGUCGGCGAGUGAGAGAGGGGAAGAGUCGCAAGAGGAGGAUGAGUAUGGUUCCAGAAGUGCGAGUGAGAGAGAGAGUGAGAGGGAGAGUGAGAGCGAAGGAGGAAGGCACGAGGAGGAGGAGGAGGAGUGGGUGGAGGAAGAAGCAAGGGAUUCGGUUAGGAGUGGUUCGGAGGAAGCCUGGGUGCACGGCAGUGAGGAGGAACAGGAUGAUUCAGAAGAAGGGGAGGAGGAGGGGGGAGGGGGAAGGGAAGAGGAGGAGGAGGGGGAGGGGCAAAGGGAAGAGGAGGAGGAGUACGCGACUGGGUCUGCUGCCAGCACUCCACAGAGCACGGGAGGGUCCUCUGGAGGGUCUACCCCCCACAGUGCAAUCGCCGUUACCACUAGCGCGUCUGAUAUGGCUGGCCCUCGGCCUACAGGUGAGUUUCCCUCUCCCUUUUACCGGCCAUCAUCCCCUGGUUCUGCUUCUGCUGCGCUUGCUGCUUCUGCACCUGGAGCGCCUGUGUCUGCUUCGCCUGUGCUUGCUGCCGCACCUGCAUGUGCUUCGCCUGGCCCUGCUGCCUCUGCUGCUCCUCUUCCUCCUGCUGCUGCUGCCUCCGUUGUUGCCCCUCCUGCUGGCUCGACUGUUGCCCCUCCUGCUGCUGCCUCGGUUGUUGUCCCUCCUGCUGGCUCGGCUGUUGCCCCUCCUGCUGCCCCUCCUGCUGCCUCUGCUGCUACUGUCUUGUCUGCAGGUCCCCAACCAGUGCAAGAAAGCGAGCACUACACUACGAGGCUGCUGACCAAUCAGGAGCAGCGUCCACCUGGAACAGCAGAAGCAGCAACGUCACAAGCAGCAGCUUCAUCAGCAGCAGCUGCUGCAGUGGUGCCUACUGGCAAGCCAUCCAAGGCUGUUCCAGCCGCCUCUCUUGCCCUAGCCCCUGCUGUUCCUCCAGCUGCCUCCCCUGCUAGUGCCCAACCUGCACCCCCUGCCGGCACCUCCGCUGCAACCCUAGCUGCAUCUCCAGCAGUGUCCCCAGCCUCUUCUCCUCCUCACUACCCACCCCAUCCGUCCCAGCAUCCUCCCCCUCCUCCCCAGUAUUCCCCUUCUCCAUCCACCCCAGAGUUCUCUCCCCUUCCCUUGUCUCACCCCCCUGAACCCAUCCCCUCUAUCCUCCACCCAAUGGACCCACGUGCACAUCCAGUUUCCGUGCCUCCUCACACUACAACCUCUCCACCUGCCCUUACAACAGCCUCUCCCACCACCUUUGCUACAGCCGCUCCUACCACCACCCAUGCUAAAGCCUCUCAUCGCCCCCAAUUUACUGCUGCUCCCUCUCCUGCAGUCCUCCACCCUCUGGACCCACGAGCUCAGAAGCCGCUGCCAGCACAGGUGCCUAAAAAGACUCAAGGGCUUCAAGUGACUGAAGGGGACGAAAGGACUGAAGGGGCCCGGGAUGGGGUUUUCCCCGUAGGCGCUCUGGUGCAUGGAUUGUCGGCUGACUCUGAUACCAUGUCGGCUGGAUCCAGGCACGAUGCCUAUGCUGAUGCUGACGCUCCUACUCAUGCCGGCGCUGGUGUUGAUGCUGGUGCUGUUGCUGAUGCCGAUGUUGAUGAGAGUGGGAAAGGCAAGUAUGGUGGUGGUGCAGGGUUGGUCCCUCCGGCCUUAGUCCCCGGUGGUGCAGGGAGCUCUCAGGGCUCCAGCCGGCCCGAGUCAAGGGAGUCAACAGAGUCAACCAGGGCGAAUGAGUCACCUGAGAAAGCUGUAUCAACGGCAGUUGGUGCAGAAAGAGGAGGGAUGGAAAGAGGGGUGGAAAGAGGGGUGGAGAGGGGUGUGGAGAGAGGGGAAGGAGUGGUAGCGACAGAGGCAUGGGUGCUUGCAAGCAUGCGACAAAGAAAGAGGCUACAAGGAGGCUCGGAACAAGGCUCGGAUGGAGGCUUGGAAGAAGGUUUGGAGGGAGGCUUGGAAGGUGGUCAGGAUGAAAGUCCGGUACAGCUGCCUGGGAGGGGUAGUGAGUGUGGGGUAGUGGGGAGGGAGGAGAGUUUUGUGGCGGAUAGUGGUUACAAGGGGAGUGCAUUUGAGGGAGAAGGGGGUGAGGGAGAGAGAGAGGGUAGUGAAGGGGAUGCAAGGGCGAGUGAGGCGGAGAGUGUGAGUGGUAGUGGAGAAGAGAGCAGGAGCAGUGUGGGGGGGAGUGAUUAUGGGAGUGAGGCUGAGAGUGAUGUUGAGAGUGAGGGGGAAAGUGUUGAUGGAAGUGGUCUGAGCGCGGAAGGAAGUGAGGGAAGCAGUGAGGAGACAGGGAGCAGUGAGGGAGAGAGUGAGGGAGGGAGUGGGGAGAGUGAGGAGGAGAGUGGGGAGGAGAGCGGGGAGGAGAGUGAGGGUAGUGUGACGGAGACAGAUGCAGUGACCCGAUCCAGCUACUCAGGGAGUGAGGGAGAGGAGUCAGAGAAAGAGGAUGGGUCGAGCGAAGGGGAGAGUGAGAGUGGGGAGAGUGAGAGUGGGGAGAGUGAGAGUGGGGACAGUGAGAGUGGGGAGAGUGCGAGUGGAGAGAGUGAGAGUGGAGAGAGUGAGAGUGGAGUGAGUGAGAGUGAGGAACUAAGUACAGUAGGAACGAUGAGUGUGGCACGGGAGGGAGGAGCGGCGGGUUCAACAUAUGCUGAGACAGAAACCGAGGCAGAAACAGAGACAGAAGCAGAUGGGAGGAGUGAAAGGGUGGGGUUGGAGGUGGAUGGAGAGAGUGUGGUGACAGAGGAAGGGGUGCUGAUAGAGGUGGCGAGUGUGGCGAGUGUGGUGGGGAGGGGGAGUGUGGUGGGGAGGGGGAGUGUGGUGGGGAGGAGUGAGGGAGUGAGGGUAGACAGUCUGCUGAUAGAGGUGGAGAGUGUGGCUGGGGGGGAGAGUGUGGCGGGUGGAGGGAGUGUGUUUGGAGGGGAGAGUGUGGUGGGAGGAGGGAGUAUACUGGGAGAAGAAGAUGUGAUUCUUGAAGGGGGAGAAGAGGAAGCAGAGGGAGCACGCAGUAGGGAAGGAAGCGAGCCGGACAGGAGCGUGGGAAGUGAGGGAGUGGAAGAACAUGGGAGCGAGGAGAGUGAGGAAGUGGAAGAAAAUGAGAGUGAGGGGAGUGUGUGGAGCGAACAUAUCAGCGGCGGGGAGGGGUUGGGUGGUGAAAGAGGGAGUAUCGUCGGGAGUGGAAGUGAGAGAGAGGAGGCUGCGAGUGAGGGAAUGUCUGCUAACGUGACCAAGGCUGCUGCUGCAGCAAAGGCUGCUGACGUGUCGCUGGCAGCACUGAUGGCAAGGACACCCGACGCGAGGCCGGUGACUCCGGUGCGGCACAGGACGUGGCUGGAGGUGCUGCAGAGCCAUGCGGUGCUGUCAGAACUGAUGACGGAGCAGGACAUGGGUGCGCUGCAGUUCCUGUGCUCCGUGGACUUCUACAAGUCGCAACACAGCAUGGAUUUCCGCGUGGACUUUCUCUUUGACGCCAAUCCGUUCUUCACCAAUGAAUACCCUUUCCUCGGACAUUCCGUCAACCUCGGCAUCUCCUAUCUUUGCUCGCCUCACUCCCAUGCCUUCUGCCUCUCCUCUCAACCUGCCAGCACCCCCAUAGCAUGGCAACCAGGCAGGGACUUAACUAAGCGUCGCACGGGGUGGUUCGGCUGGGCUGCUGCCACUCUCACGCAGGGAGGGAAGGGAGGCGGUGCUGGUGCGGGUGGUGGCAGGAGCAGCUUCUUUACACUGUUUGCCUCUCGACCUGCCCUCUCUGCUUCUGAAGCCAACGAGGAGGCUGUGCGCAUGAAGAUGCUGGAGGAAGCCGCUCUCACCAAUGGUCUCCUGGACUUGCUCCGCUGGUACACUGUUAAGUCGCUGGGGGGUGGAGAGGAGGAAGAGGUGGAAGAGGAGGAAAAAGAAGAGGAGGAGGAAGAGGAGGAGGUGGAGGAGGAGACGAAGAAAGCUGGGGGAGCUGAAGCUGUAAUGACUUUGGAGACGUCUCAAAAAGCGAGUCCUGCAGGGAAGCAGGCAGAUGGCCGUCCUAGUAUCGAGGAGGAGGGAGAGAGAGUGGAAGACGGAGAGAGUGUGGCUAUGCGGCAGGAUGCGGGAGAGAGUAGGGAGGAGUUGAGAAUAGGGCGAAUGGUGGGGGGAGAGAGUAGGGAGGAGUUGAUUCAACGGGAGGUGGAAAAGAAGCAAGGAGGAGAAGAAGAGGAGGAGACAGAAGUGAGUCAAAGAGAGGAGGAAGAAGAGGGGGAAGAGGAGGAGAGUGGAAUGAUUGUAAAGGACCAAGGCACGUUUGAAAGGGAUGGGGAGAUGGAGAGGGUAGGAAGGAGCAGAGAGGAAGAAGGGGCGAACUUAAGGGAGGUGGAGACGACGACAGGGAAAGCAGCAGACGUAGCAGGGACGGAGAUCGAAGGUGUAGGGGCGGAGAUUGAGGGUGUGGGGGCGGAGAUUGAGGGUGUGGGGGCAGAGAUUGAGGGUGUGGGGGCGGAGAUUGAGGGUGUAGGAUUGGGUUUGAAGGGAGAGCGUGCAAUGGUAGUGGCAGCAACAAGUGAUGCAGAGGGGGGGAGUGAGAAGGGUGAGAGUGAGACGGGUGUGACCGAGAGGGAGGAGAGUGAGUGGGAGGAGAGUGAGAGGGGGGAGAGCGACAGUGGCAUGAGUGGCGAGGUUGAGCAGGACAGCUGGCUGGGUGAGGGGACGGCAAUCGGGACAAUGCAGGUCCAGAAGUUGAAGGAUGGAGGGGAAAGAACGGCAGAGGAUGAAUACGAGGAGGAGGGGAGCAGUAAGGAGGAGGAGGGGAGCGAUGAGGAGGAGGAAAGUGAUAUUUAUGUGAGAGGGGACGAUCUGAGGGGUGAUGACCUGAGGGACGAUGACCUGAGGGGUUCCAGUGGCAGUCUAGGGGAUGCCAUGCCUGGGCCUGCUGCCGCUGCUGCUCCGUCUUCUGCUGCACCUUCCAUGUUCUCACGAGCAGGAACACCCAUGCCGGGUGUCCGUCCUUCUGGCUUACCUCCUCCUCCUCCUCCUCCUCCUCAUCCCGUUCCCGGUGGUGGUGCUUCUCGUGCUGCUUUGCCCGCUGCUACUCCCGCCUUUGCCUCCCGUGCCGCUACUCCCAUGCCGGGAGUGCAUGCUGCUUCUGCUUUGCCUCCUCCUGUUCCUCCUUCUGCUGCUGCCCCUGCAGCGUUCUCUCGUUCCACCACCCCCAUGCCCGGUGUGCAUGCCGCUCUUGCUCCUGCUCCUCAUCCUUCCAGGGCAGUAACACCCAUGCCCGGUGUGCAUUCUCCUGCUGCUCCUGCUGCUGCUCCUGCAACAUUCUCUCGUGCCACCAGACCCAUGCCUGGUCUCCAUUCUCCUGCAGCGGGCUCCACUGCUCCUCCCUCUGCAACCGCUUCUCCUUCGUUCUCCCGCACUCUCACGCCCAUGCCUGGCCUCCCCCCUCCUCCUGCUCCUCCUCCUCCUCCUCCUGCUUUCUCCAGGGCAGUGACGCCCAUGCCUGGGAUUUCACCUGCUUCUAGUGCUGCUAGUGCCCCUAAUGCCCCUACUGCUACUGCUUCAUUCUCCAGGGCAGUGACGCCAAUGCCUGGGAUUUCACCUGCUGCAAGCUUCCCUCCUCCACCUGCUCCCCAUCCUCCUCAUCCCGCUGCUAGUGCUGCUAGUGCUGCUAGUGCUGCUAGUGCUGCUGGUGCUGCUGGUUCAGCAUUCUCCUCCAGGGCAGUCACGCCGAUGCCUGGUGUCCAUCACCCCUCCCCCUAUCCACCUGCUGCUGCUGCUGCUGCGCCUCCUCCUGUUUUAGCUUCUGCCGCGCUCUCCCGGACAGUGACGCCCAUGCCAGGUGUUCGUGCUGCAGCUACUCCCAUGCCCGGCGUUCGCGCCACAGCAACGCCCAUGCCUGGCGUGCACGACAUGCCUGAUGUGCGUGCCACAGCUACACUCAUGCCCGGUGUGCGCGCUACAGUCACACCCAUGCCCGGCAUGGCUGGGGAGAACAGCAGGCAGCAGCAGCAGCAGCACCACGGGAGAGCUGCUGUCAGCAGGGGCCACUCGCGUGGAGCGACUGAGGGGGCUGCGUUUUACACCCCCGUUGAAGGGGCAACUGCGUUUUACGGCCCACCAACUGAGCAUGCGGCCUUCUUCGCCCCCCCUACUGACGGGGCUGCGUUUUACGCCCAAGCUGUAGGGCGCUCCCAGUCCCACAGGCACGCUGCAAGCCCCUCCCACUCGUAUUACAGGCAGGCUGUAAGUCACGGUCGCAGCCUGAGCCACGGCCCUGGGGGGUGGGCUGUCACUGACCCUCACUUUGCUGCUGCUGAUCAAGCUGGGACGGAGAGCGGUUUGGAGGUGUGGCGUGCGGUCAUGCAGGGGUAUGGGGAAGGGGGUGUGGGCGCAGUGGGGAUGGGGUAUGGGGAGCAGGGUACACGGACAGGGAUGCAGUAUGGGGAGGGGGGUGGGGGAGCAGCGGGAAUGGGGUAUGGGGAGGGGGAUAAUGUGGGGGAAGCAGGGAUUGAGUAUGGGCUGGGAGGCAGUGAACAAUCAGGAGCAGUGAUAGCCUGUGGGCCGUGGCAGGAAGGGGGAGAGGGGGUUGUGGGGGGGAGUCAGAGGCUGGUGGUGGCGAGUGGGAGUGAGAGGGACGGCGAUAGGAGCAGUGUGGGAGACAGGAGCAGUGUGGGGGAUGGGAGCAGUGUGAGUGUGGGGGAUAGCCUGGUGUCGCUUCUGAGAAUUCUGAAAAACGAGGGGGAGGGCGAUGGGAGCAGUGUGGCGGAUAGUCUAGCAAGCAGCAUGGAUGGUGGUGGUGGUGGGGGCAUGCCGGGUAUGGCCGAUGGGAGGUCUGGUAUGGGUGAUGGGAGAAUGAGUGUGGGUGAUGGGAGAAUGAGCGUGGGUGAUGGGAGAAUGAUUGUGGGUGAUGGGAGAAUGAGUGUGGGUGAUGGGCGUUCAGGGAUAGCCGAUGCGAGGUUUGCGCAUGCUCUCAGUCAGUCAUUGGCACGGGCGGCUAUGGGGAAUCUAGAAUCCCGAGGGAGGGGCGGGUCUCUUAGUGAUGUGACUAGCCUGGGGAUGAGUGAGGGGGAGGGAGCGAGUGAGGGAGUGAGUGAGGGAGUGAGUGAGGGAGAGAGCACCCGGUCUGUGGAGGCGGAAUUGGGAGACCUGAUGGACGCUCUAGAUGGUGAGCUGUCACCGUUCUGGACCGCUCAUAACAGUGUGGGGAGCUUGGGGAGUGUUGGGGUAGGGAGGACUGGCAGCAUUGGAAGCAUUGGGCUGGGCAGGACUGGGAGCUUUGGGAGUGUUGGGAGCGCAGGGAGGAUGUUGAGGGGGAGUAUGGGGAGUUUUAGGUCGGUGAGGGAGGAGCGGGAGGCAGGAAGGGGAGGAGAGGAGGGUGAGGAGGAGAGGGAAGCGAGGAUGGAUGUGUGGAGAGAGGUGAUGGGGAAUUACUGGGAGAUGAGAGGGGCGGGCGCGUUCGGGUAUAGACAUGCCGACAGACAUGCAGAGAGACGUGAGGAUACACACGAGGACAGGGAUGAGGAUAUAGAUGAGGAGGGUAUAAAUAUGAAUGGCAAGGUGGAUGCGUAUAAGGGGGGAGAGGGCCGGAUGGGUGGUGCGUCACAAGACUCACAGAUGCUAUUGUAUGACAAUUUGGGAGAGAGUGUGAGUGGCAAGGUUGGGGAAGAGUAUGAGGAACAGGAAGAAGAGGAGGGCGGUUUGGAGGUUGAGGAUAGGGAGGACGGGCAUGAGGAAGAGGAGGAGGAGGAGAACGAAGAGGAGGAGGAGGAGAACGAAGAGGAGGAUGGGAGGGUGGUUGUGGUGUUCAAAACUGCAACCCGAGCUGCUGAGAUCCACGUGGAGGAGAGUGAUAGGGGCAGUGCGGAUCACUCUGCUGACGUGGCGAGUGAUUUGAGUGAGCACGCGCUGUACAAUGCUGAAGAUGAUGUGGCAGGUGCUGGUAUUGUGACACGUGGGCGUAGCACACAGGAGGAGAGUGGAGAGUGGGAUGUGCCAAGGGAUUUGGAGCAGGAGAGGGGGACUGUCGGGGGAGUGGAGGAUGAGGGUGAGAGGGUCAAGGUGAGUGGAAAAGCAGGAGCAGACAGUGAUAAUAUUGGUGGUGGGGAUGAUGGUGCGGUGGCAUCUCAUGUCUUAUCUGAUGGGGUACACGAUAGUGAAGAGAAUGAUGAUUCGGGGGACAUCCAUGGUAGUGUGUAUGAGGAUCAAGAAACGGAGGAGGAAGGGGUAGAAGAAGAGGAGGAGGAGGAGGAAGAGGAGGAGGAUGAGAGGGUGGUAGUGGUGUUUAAGACAGCAACCAAGGGGAAAACGGAUGAGGAGGAAGAGGAGGUGGUGGGAGAGUCCACGACUGAGAAUGGGUCACUGACUGAGGGCCCUCUGGAUACGGAUACUGAGGAUGUUGAUAACGAGUAUGAGGACAACGAGAGGGUGGUUGUGGUGUUUAACCGGCCGAGAACUGGUGAGAGGAGGGACCAGGGGGAGGAUGAGAGGGAGGAUGAAGAUGAUGGGGAGGAUGAAGAUGACGUGUUGCUAGGCAGUGUGGUUGGGGAUGCGAUUCUGACAGGAAGUCAAAUGGCCAGCCAGACAAGCAGUUAUGCUGGUGAGGAGGAGGGUUGGGAGGCAGGAGAAGAGGAAGAGUUGAUUGCUGGUGAUAAUAGUGAAGAAGGGAGUUUGGAGGAUGGGGAGAGGGUGGUGGUUGUGUUUAAGAAGGCAACACAUGCUGAGAAGGAGGAGGAAGUAGAAGAUGAGGAGGAGGUGGAGGAGGAGGAGGUAGAGGAGGAGGUUGGAGGUAUUAGCGAGGAGGGGAGUCUGGAGGAUGGGGAAAGAGUGGUGGUCGUGUUUAAGAAGGCAACACAUGCUGAGGAGGAGAAGGAAGAGGAGUUAGAGGAGGAGGAGGAGGUAGAGGAGGAGGAGGAGGAGGAGGAGGAAGUAGAGGAGGAGGUUGCAGGUAUUAGCGAGGAGGGGAGUUUGGAGGAUGGGGAGAGAGUGGUAGUGGUGUUCAAGAAAGCAACACAUGCUGCGAAGGACGAGGAGGAGGAGGAUGAUGAAGAGGAGGUGGGAGAGGGACGGAGGGUGGAAGAGGAAAUGAGUGAGGAGGGAGGAGAGGGACUGAGGGAGGAGGCAAGGAAGCAUGAAGACGGGCAUGAGGAGGAGGAAGAGGGGGAGGAAAAGGAGGAAGAGGAGGAGCAGGAGGAGGAAGGCUAUGGGGAGGAGGAGGAUGAGGAGGAUGGGGAGAAGAGGAAGGAGAUUGAGCGAUGGAUAGAGGUGGCAGAGAUGGAAAUGGCACAGACGAGCCCGCAGGGGGGAGUUAGCAGCAGGCGUAGUGGCAGCGGGGUGAGCAGUAUUGACCUGAGCUUCAGUGUUGACUUGAGCAGAAGCAGGAGCAGGAGCAGGAGUCGGAGCGAUAGUGGGAGUAGGAGCGAAAGUGGGAGCAGUGGCAGUGGAAGUGGGAGCGAGGGGAGUGAGAGUGGAACAGAGGCGAGUGGGAGUGAGAGAGAGAGGGUGAGGAGGGAGAGGAGUGAGGCGAGUGAGGAGGGCUUGGAAGGGAGUGAGAGGAGAGUUGGGAGUGGGAGUGUGAGUGGGGGUGGAAGCAAGCGGUCGGGGAGGAGUAGUGUGAGUGAGCGACAGAGUGACCAUUUGGUUGAGAGAAAGGUGGAGACAGCGAGUGUUGGUGCGAGUGAGAAAGCGAGUGAGGAAGGUAGUGAAGGUGAGAGAGGGAGCUUGAGCAAGAGUGAUAGUGGCAGUUGGAGUGAAACGAGGAGCAAGCACAGUGCCACCGGCACUGCUACCGAAAGUGCUACGAGCAGUGUUACUGGCAGUGUCAAAAGCAGCGCUGCUGACAGUGCUGCAUGUGGUAGGAGUCAGAGUGGGAGUGAACGAGCGAGCGAGAAAGCCAACAGCAUGAGGAGCAGUUCUGAUAGCAGUGGUGAGAGAGAGAGGAGUGACAGUGAGCGUGAGAGAGUGGUGGAGGAGACUUUGAGUGAGCAUGAGAGUGUGCAUGAGAGUGUGGGGAGGAGUGUGAGUGAUCAUGAGAGUGAGCAUGUUAGUGAGCGUGAGAGUGAAAUGCAUAGUAAGGGCGAGAGUGAUGGGGAAAGUGUGACCCUUAGUGAAAACGAGGGGAGUGGAAAAGAUAGUGUGAGUGGAAGUCACAGCGAAGGCAGUAGUGCGAAGGAUGACACUGAGAGUGUAGCGAGUGAGGGUGUGAGUGAGACAGUGAGUGAGGGAGUGAGUGAGGGGAUGAGUGAGGGAGGGAGUGAGAGUCCGAAAAGCAGCAGAAGCCAUAGCAAAUACAGCAGCACGAGUUCCAAACAUAGCAGUGCAGUGAGUGUAAGCAGUAGCGUGCACAGCCACCACAGCAGCAUUGACAGUCAGCGCAGCAGCUCGCACAGUCAGCGCAGCAGCUCGCACAGUCAGCGCAGCAGCUCGCACAGUCAGCGCAGCAGCUCGCACAGUCAGCGCAGCAGCUCGCACAGUCAGCGCAGCAGCUCGCACAGUCAGCGCAGCAGCUCGCACAGUCAGCGCAGCAGCUCGCACAGUCAGCGCAGCAGCUCGCACAGUCAGCGCAGCAGCUCGCACAGUCAGCGCAGCAGCUCGCACAGUCAGCGCAGCAGCUCGCACAGUCAGCACAGCAGCACACACAGCAGGAGUGCAAGCAGCCAUGCUCGCAGCAGUAGCAGCAAAAGCGAUGCGUUCAGUGCUGCAAAGAGCGAGGAGACAUCUGCUAGUGAGCGUUCUGAGACGACCCAGGACUCGCUCAGUGGAGCGAGUGGGGAUGCUUCAGCCGCUGUGGGCAGAGUUGGUAGCACAACAGGCAGUUUGAGUGGCAGCAAGAGCAAGCACAGCAGGGGCAGUAGUGUAAGCAGGGGGAGCAGUGUAAGCAAGGGGAGCAGUGUCAGCAAGAAAAGCAAGGGAAGGAGCAGGGAGAGCAGUGUUAGCAAGGAAAGUAGGAGGAGCAGUGUAAGCAGCCCUAGGUCGGAUGGGGACAGCUAUGACGGUGGUUCGGGGAGUGGUGCUAGUGACAGGGAGGAAGAGAGGAUGAGUGGGGAAAUGGAAGAGAGUGGGGUAGUGGAGGAGAGUUGGGUAGUGGAAGAGAGUGGAGUAGCGGAAAGUGGUGCAAUGGAGAGCUGGAGUGGGGUGGAGGGGUUAAGUGACGAGGAGCAAGGGAGCGAGGUCCAAGAGGCUCAAGCACACGGGAGUGAGGAGCGAGGGGUGGAAGGGCAGGAGAGUGAGGAGCGAGAGGCUGGAGAGCAGGAGCGUGAGGAAGAUGGUGUGGAUGUGUGGAGCAGUGAGAGUGACGCAUGGCCUGAGGCAGAGGGAGAGGCGAGAGAAGAAGGGGAAGGGAUAGUGCCAGCACCAGAAGCUGUGAGUGGGGAUGGUGCAAGGGGUGUUGUGGAGAGUGAUGAGGAGGAAGAUGGGACAAGCUGGGUUACCAGCAUCGUAUCUCCUCUGCAGCAGGAGAAGGUGGCCCCUGGACACGUGGUGGAUGCUGAUUGGACGGAGGAGCUGGGGGAGGAGCAGCAGGUGGUGCAGGUGCCAGGAGCAGAGGGUCAGGUGGAUGGUCAGGUGAAUGAUCAGGUUGGUCAACAAGCAGGUGAGCUACAGCAGCAGCACCAGGAUGAAAGGGAGGUAGCAGCAGCAGCAGCGGCGGCAGCAGCAGCGGCAGGCAGAGCGGUUGCUGAGAACGGGGCAGGGGUGGGCAAGGAUGGAAUGUCACGUUCAAUAGAAGGCGAUGGGAUGAUAAGGCAGACUGGCGAGGAUGGGGUGAUGAGGCAGAUUGGCGAGGAUGCGUAUGUGUACGAGAUGGGGGAUGGUGUGCGAGGAAAGAGCAAGGAUGAAUCGGCACGUUCAGCAACAGGCGAGGACGGGGUUAUUCGGCAGAUUGGCGAGGAUGCGUAUGUUUAUGAGAUGGGGGAUGAUGUGGGAGCAUGUGAGGAGCUGGAUUGGAGCAGGGAUGUGGGCGAUGGGGGGGUGGGAAUACCGGGGUGGUCGGGUGAUUGGACGAGGGAGAGUGAGGUGUGGAAUGUGGGUGGAACGAGGGAUGAGACUGAGGUGCUGGGGGCGAGUGGUGUGAUAGCAGGUGGUGCUGCCAGUGUUGCUGCCAGUGGCGCUGCCAGUGUUGCUGCCAGUGGUGCUGUCAGUGGCGCUGUCAAGUUGGACGGACAGAACGAGGAGGAGAGAGAGGAGAGAGAGGAGAGAGAGGAGAGUGAGGAGAGAGAGGAGAGAGAGCAGAGCGAGGACAAGAGAGAGGAGAUUGGUGAGGAGAGAGAGGAGAUAGCGGAUGAGAGAGUGGAGAGAGGGGACGAGAGAGAGGGGAGCGAAGAGAGAGAGGAGAAGGGGCUGAGAGAGGAGAGAGAUGACGAGAAAGAGAAGGGGGCAGAGGUCAAGGAAGAGGAGGAUGUGGGGAGGGAGGACGAGGAGGUGAGUGAGGAGGAGGUGGAGAGGGAGGAGGAGGUGGAGAGGGAGGAGGAGGAGGAAGGGGCGAGGGAGGAGGAGGUGGAGGAGGAGGAGAGGGAGGAGCAGGUGAGGGAUGAGGAGAGGGAGGAGGUGGAGGUAGAGAGGGAGGGGGAGGAGGAGGUAGAGAGGGAGGAGGAGCUGGAGAGGGAGGAGGAGGAGGAGGAGGAGGAGGAGGAGGAGGAGGAGGAGGAGGAGGAGGAGGAGGAGGAGGAGGAGGAGGAGGAGGAGGAGGAGGAGGUAGGGAGAGAGGGAGAGGACGAAGGGGAGGAGGAGUGGAGUGACAUGAGCGAGGAGGAGUGGAGCAGCAUGGAGCUAGCGGCCACCCAGUCCCCCUUCCCCGCCGCCUCCCCUCUCCCCUCCGCCAGCCCCUACGCUGCUCUCUCCCCACUGCCCUCCGCCACCCCAACGAGUGCAGGCAUGGGUGCGCCUCUGGAUAGUGUUGCGGUUAGCCUGGCGCUGCAGCAGCAGCAACAGCAGCAGCAGGAGCAGCAGCAGGAGCAACAGGGGCAGCAGGAGGAGCAGGAGGGGCAGGAAGCAGAGGGCCUGGCAAUCAAAGAGGCGGAGGAGGAAGACGAGAAGGAGGAUGGGGAAAGGGAUGAGGGGCUUGAAGGGCUUCAAGGGCAGAGCAGCGCCUUCGCGUUUGCCUCGGGCAGUGAUUCCUCUGUGCUGCCCCUUGCCAGUCCUAUGGCGCUGCCUCAAGAUCGAGCUGCUGUUGGUGGGGGUUCAUGGGCGGAAGAGACUCAGCAAAAUCGAAUCUUUGGAAGCUCACUUGGUGGUGCCGUUCCUGUGUCUCAACGCACUCCUGCUCUUACCACCUCUGCUGCUGUGCCGCGCUCCGUUGCUGCUGCCGAUCUUGCUGACGUGGCGAAUGCGCAUCAUGCUGACGUGGCACGUGCUGGGUCGGGUGCUCCACGUCAAUGUGAGAUCCCUGUUUUGGAGGCACGUUCGAUUCCAGCUGGCAGCUCACCUGAUAUGGCACUGGAUAGAGCACCUGAUUCGGCACCAGAUAGGGUACCUGACAAAGCACUUGAAAUGGCACCUGAAACUACUCCCGAUGUGGCACCUGAUUCGGCACCUGAGAAAAGAUCUGCCUCUGUUGAGGUGCUUCCUUCAGGUGCUGUCUCUGUUGUGUUGCCUUCAGGUGCUGUUUCAGUUGUGCUACCUUCAGGUGCUGUGUCUGUUAUGCUGCCGUCAGGUUCUGUCACUGUUGCACUGCCGUCAGGUGCCGUCUCUGUUGGUUCAGGUGCUAGCCCUGAUCCGCGUGCUGCAAAUUCUCCUGAGACUGCGGAAGCGAGAAUGGAUCAAGGUGAGUGGGAAGAUCUUAGGGGGACAGAGGUGGAGGAGGGGUCAGAAGGAAAGGGGAGUGAGAGUGAUGAGGAGGGGAAGAGUGAUGGGAAGGAAGAGAAAGCAAGUGAGGACGAGAGUGAGGGAGAGGGUGAGAAGUGGGAGGAAUCUGAGGAGUGGAGUGAUGUUGGUGAUGCAGUAACCAGUGAAGCCGGUGAUGUGGUCACCGGCGAUGCUGGCGAUGCUGUAACCAGUGAUGCUGGUGAUGCAGUAACCAGCGAUGCUGGUGAUUCAGUAACCAGUGAGGCUGGUGUUUUGGUUACCGAAGUUGGUGGUUUGAGCGUGAGUAGCACAGAAAGGACGGCUGAGGAGGCAGUAAAUUGGGCAGAAGAGAGUGAGAUGAUGGCAGACAAAGAUGGUGGGGAGGGAGUAGUGAGUGAGGACUGGAGUGAGAGGGAAGAGAGCGAGGAGGAAGGGUUUGAAAAAGAAAAGAGUGAGGAGGGAGGGAGUCAUAUGGAAGGGAGUGAAAGCGAAGGGAGUGAGAAGGAAGAGAGUGAGAAGGAAGGGAGUGGGAAGGAAGGGAAUGAAGAGGGUGAAACCAGAGAGGAGGAUGCAAGAGCAUCAGAGGAAGCGCAAUCUAUGGCCCUUGGCAACGCAGCCGGCAGAGUGCAAGAGCAAGGCGCUGUAGAAAUUUCUGAGGCGCCUCAGAAGUCUAUAGGCCUUGAUGAUGCAGAUGGCAGAGUGCAAGCACAAGGAGCGGUAGCAGCAGAGGAAGAGGGUUCGAUAAGGCCUCUGGCAACGCUCAUGGCCCAGAGGUCAUGGCCGGCAGUCGCUGCUCUGGCCGUGGGAGGGGGUGGGGUGGCAGCAGCACAGGCUGAUGGGCUGGUGGCAGGAGGUGACUGGGAGAGCGAGGAGUGGAGUGAUGUGGGGUCCGGUGUAGGUGAGUGGGAGGAGGAGGUUGUGGGAUCUGGAAGAGUGGAGGGAGAGAGUCAGGGAGAGAGUGAGGGAGAGGGUGAGGGAGGGAGUGAGGGGGUUGGUGAGGUGGAUGGAGAGAGUGAGGGUGAGGUGCGGGAUGGAGAGAAGCAGGAGGAUGAAGUUAGCAAGGGAGAGGAGAUUAGAAUGGAGGAUGGAGAUGGAAGGAGUGAGGAGGCUGAAGAGGGGGGAGAGGAGGUGGGAGAGGAUAAGGAGAGAGAGGAUAAGGAGAGAGAGGAUAAGGAGAGAGAGGAUAAGGAGAGAGAGGAUAAGGAGAGAGAGGAUAAGGAGAGAGAGGAGAAAGAGGGUCUGCAAGGAAGCAGCGCAGACAUCGCAGGAGAAGUAAAUCUGCCAGCUGAUGAGAGUGAGAGGCAUGUGGGUAGGAAGGAGGAGCAGGAGGAGGAGGAGGAGAAGGAACGGGAUGAGAGGGAAGUGGAUGGGGAGAGGGAGCGGCAGGGACAAGAGGAAGUGGAGGCUUCACACAGAGAGGAACUGGAGGGUGUUGCUGAAGGAGGGAGGGUGGAGGAGGGAGAGGAAGGGAGAGUGGAGGAGAAAGUGGAGGAAAAAGGGGUAACGGAAGGGAGGGUGGGGGGUGAGGGCAGAGAUGCACAUGCAGAAGGGAGUGAAGCAGAGGAUGGGAGUGAGAGUAGAAGUGAGUGCAUGAGUGGAAGGGAGAGUGAUAACAUGAGUGAGAGAGAGAGUGAAAGCGAAGGUGAGAAGGAGAGUAAGAGCAUGAGCGAGAGGGAGAGUGACAGCAUGAGUGAGAGGGAGAGUGAUAGCAUAAGUGAGAGGGAGAGUGAUAGCAUGAGUGAGAGGGAGAGUGAAGGUAAGAGGGAGACAGAGAGUGACAGUCUGAGUGAUGGGGAGAGUGAAAGCGUGAGUGAGAGGGGGAGUGAAGGUGAAAGGGACAGGGUGAGUGAAAGUAUGAGUGGGAGUAGAAGCGAGAACGGGGCUGAGAGUGAGAGUGGAAGUGAGAGGGAUGCUGGAAGUGAGAGUGAAAGUGAGAGGGAUGCUGGAAGUGAGAGUGAAAGUGAGAGGGAUGCUGGAAGUGAGAGUGGAAGUGAGAGGGAUGCUGGAAGUGAGAGUGAAAGUGAGAGGGAUGCUGGAAGUGAGAGUGGAAGUGAGAGGGAUGCUGGAAGUGAGAGUGAAAGUGAGGGGGGGGCUGAGAGUGAGAGUGCAAGUGAGAAGGGAUCUGAGAGUGAGAGUGGAGGUGAGAGGGGGGCAGAGGGCACUGGCGCUGUAGCAGGGGGCACUGCCAUUGCAGGAGGUGUGGCCUUUGAGUCGACUGAAGAAGAGAUCGCAGAAGGCGCAGCAGCUGGCACAGCAGAGGCAGAGGCAGAGGCAGAGGCAGAGGCCACCACGACAGGCAGUGCAGUGCCGGACGAGCCUUUCGUGUCCAGCGCCCUCCUUGCCACACAUUCAAUCCCUGUCUCCACCACUGUCGCAACCAUUCCUUCUGCUCCUAGUGUUUCCACUGCCCCUACUGCUCCCUCAGUUUCCUCCCGCGCUGCCAACUCUUGGAUCCGCCCUGCACAGCCUUCUUCCCACUCCGACUCAGGCUCGGACUCUGACUGGUCCGACUCCGAACCUGCGCCCAAGCCUGUGCCCAUCCGAGCCUGGAGGGCAGGCAUGGCGAGCGCAGCACUGGCUCCUGCGCCUGCCGCCUCUCCUCCCCCACAAACUGCAGCGGUGGGGCGACUGCAGAGUGACUUCCUGAACCGCUUCCAGCAGCAGCAGCCGGAGGAGCAGCAACAGCAGCAGGCCUCUGAGGCUCCCCUCACACCUCCACAGCAGCAACAGCAGGCAUCUUUGAAUUCCGCUGCACUUGUGGACUCUUCUGCUGAUGUGGCGCAGGCUGCUGAUGUGGCGCAAGUUGCUGAUGUGGUGCAACCUGUGGACAUGAAGCACGCAGCUGAGGUCAAAGCAGGUGACAAGUCAGAAUUACCUGCUGGUGGUGAUGAUGUGAUUGCUGAUAAGGAACAGUCUGCACAUGUGGUAUCAGCUGCUGACGUGGCACCCCCUGCUGAUGUGGACGUGGAGGGUGAUUCCAGACCAUCUUCUCCAGAGGGGUCAGCCACCAGCAUCAAAGAUGCUGCUGAUGUGGCAGCUGAGUUGGAUGCUGAUGUGGCAGCUGAGGUGGCUCUGGAUGCAGCUGGAGGUGCUAGUUUGCUGCUGGCAAGUGAGUUGGUUGCACCUGUGCUGCAGACGAGAGGAGAGGCCGAGGAGGUGGAAGCAGAACAGGAGAAAGCAGAUGUAUUUUCGGGACCAGAUUCUGAACCUGACUCUGAUUCUGAACCUGACUCUGAUUCUGAACCUGACUCUGAUUCUGACGUGGCUGCUGAUGUGCCUGUUGACAUGGCUGCUGAUGUGUCUGUUGACAUGGGUGCUGAUGUGUCUGUUGGCGUGGUGGCUGAUGUGGCUGCUGACAUGGCUCUGCGAGUGCCUGGAGGUGAAACUGCAGUGGUGCCAUCUCCAUCACGAUCAGACUCCGAGUCUGACUCUUCUUUCGGAACUGAUGUGGCUGCUGACGUGGCCGCUGAUGUGGCUGCUGACGUGGCCGCUGAUGUGGCUGCUGACGUGUCGUCUGAUGUGGCACCGUGUGCGGCUGGAGGUGAGACUGCAGCACUGCCAUCCCCAUCUGGACCACACUCUGAGGUUGACUCUGCACCAGAAGCUGAUGUGGCUGCUGACGUGGCUCUGCAUGUGUCUGACUGUGAAGCUUCAGCUCUGCCAUCGCCACCAGGAUCAAACUCUGACGUUGACUCUGCACCGGAACAAGAGAGGGUGGAGGAAGAGACAAGGAGUGAGGAUGCUGAGAGGGAGGAGGAAGAGACAAGGAGUGUGGAGGCUGAGAGGGAGGAAGAAGAGACAAGGAGUGUGGAAGCAGAGUGGGAGGAGGAAGAGACAAGGAGUGAGAAAGCAGAGAGGGAGGAGGAAGAGACAAGGAGUGAGGAUGUAGAGAAAGAGGAGGAAGAGAGGGGGAGUGAGAAAGCAGAGAGUGCGGAGGAAGAUGGGGGUAGUGAUGAUAAAGCAAGGCUGCAGGAGGUUGAAGUAGAGGUUAUAGCGAUGGGUGGGGCGGCAGUUGUGGCUGUCGCGGUGCUUGCAGGGGUGGAUGGGGCGGCAGCGGACGAGGAGGGUGAGGGGAUGCUGGGAGCAGUGGAGGGCAGGGAGCCGUUGGGGGCGGAGGAGGGAGAGGAGAGUGAGGAGGGUAAGGAGAGUGAAGAAGCUGGGGAGAGUGAGGAGAGUGAGGAAGCUAAAGAGGUGAAGGAGGCUAAGGAGGAGCAUGAGGAGGCCGAGUCACAUUCUGAUGAUGCUGAGUCACGCUCUUAUGAUGCUGAGUCACAUUCGGAUGCUGAGUCACGCUCUGAUGCUGAGUCACGCUCUGAUGCUGAGUCACGUUCUGAUGCUGAGUCACGUUCUGAUGCUGAUCGCAUGCUGAGUCACUUUCGGACGCAGCUUCUGCAGUCGCUGUACCUCAGUCUCCUGCGGCACCUCAUUUGCCAGCUGGGGAUGAAGCAGCUGCUCCUCUCAGUGCUACCAUCCUCUCCUACCUCUGCCACCCAGUCGGGCUCACCUGCUGUGCCUGAAGCUGCUGCUGCUCCUGAUCUGCCUGCUCUGCCUGAUUCUCCUGCUGCAUCUGAGGCGCCUGCUGUGGAAGAUUCUCCUGCUGCACCGGAAUCACAUGCCAUACCUCGUUCACUUGCCGUGCUUGAUUCACCUGCGGGGGGGGAUGAGCCACCUGAUUCUCUCAGCUCUGCCUCCUCUCCUGCCGCUGACACCCAUUCGGUGGUUCUAAAUGAGAGAGAGAAGGAGGAGAGCGGGGUGACACCUGCUAUAUUAGAUUCGUCUGCAAUGCCUGAUUUCCCUGCUUUACCUUACACACCUGAUUCACCUGCUGCACCUGAUUCGCCUGCCGCACCUGAUUCACCUGCCGCACCUGAUUCACCUGCCGCACCUGAUUCACCUGCCGCACCUGAUUCACCUGCCGCACCUGAUUCGCCUGUCGGAGCUGAACCAGCUGCUCCUUUCAGCCCUGCCUCUCCGGCUGCGUCUGACUCCGAGUUGGUGGCUCAAGUUGAGAGCGAGGAGGAGGAGAGGGUAUUGGUGCCUGCUGUUUCUGCUUCUCCUGCUAUAUCUGAUUCUUCUGGCGCUGAUUCACGUGCAGCAUCUGAAACACGAACACCUGCUGUACCUGAUUCACCUGCUGCUGCACCUGAUUCACCUGACUCACCUGAUUCAUCUGCUGCAUUUGAAACACCUGCUGUACCUGAUUCACCUGCCACAGCUGAGGAAAGUCAAAGGGAGGAGGAGAAAGGUGAAAGGGAGGAGGAGGAAAGUGAAAGAAAGGAGUUGGAAAGUGAAAGGGAGGAGGUGGGAAGUGAAAAGGAGGAGGUGGAAAGUGAAAGGGAGGAGGUGGAAGAGGAGGAAGGAAAGUGGGAAGAGGAAAAAGAGGAGGAGAGAGGAGACGAGGCAAGGGGAAAGGUGGAGAGAAAUGAAGAGGAAGCAGAGACGAUGCAAGAGGAGGAGAGGGGAGAGGAGGAAAGAGAAGAAGACGGAGAGGAGAAGGUAGAAGAGGAAGAGAGCAGAGUGGAGGUGAUAGAGGAGAAGGUGAAGAGAGACGGUGUGUCAGGGGCAGAGGAAAAGACGGAAAAAACUGGAGACCUUGAGAGAGAGAGCAUGAACCGAGAGGGUGAGGAGGGAGAGAGUGUAGUGGGAGAGAGUGUGGAGGGAGAGAGUGUGGAGGGAGAGAGUGUGGCGCGAGAGGGCGCAAAGGGGGAGGAUAAUGUGGCAGUGCCGGCAGGUGAUGCAAGCGUGAGUGGCCAGAGCACAUCAGAGGCUGCUUCGAAGAGAAUUGAAGUGUCAGAGCCUGCGCCUGUGGCAGCAGUAGAAGCUGAAUGGGCAGACAUGGGAGGAUCAGCAGCGGUGGAAGCGAAGCAGCGGUGGCGGGAGAAGAAGCAGUGGAAGGGUAUGGCGAGUGCAGCAGCAGAAGCACCGUCUCCUGUGCCGGCUCCCGCUCCUGUUGUUCAAACUGCAGCAGUGGGGCGACUGCGAAGUGACUUCCUCAACCGCUUCCAGCAGCAGCAGCAAUCUGAGCAGCCCUCUUUGCCUCCUCUUGGGUCUCCACAGCAGCAGCAGCAGCAGCAGCAGCGGCAGCAGCUGCAGCAGGUGGAGGGAGAGAAGGAGGGAGAGGAAGAGGAAGAGGGUACGGCGAUAAUGGAGGUGAAGGAAGGGGGUGUGUCAACAGGAGAUGAUGAAGCUGCAGUGGCAAUGGCAGAGGGUGAGGAGGAGAGGGUGGUGAAGGAAGAGGGAGUGGAAACAACAGAGGAAGAAAGUGUGGAAAGGGGAGAGGAGGAGGGAGUAGAAGCAACAGAGGAGGAGGGAGUAGAAGCAACAGAGGAGGAGGGAGUGGAAGCAACAGAGGAGGAGGGAGUGGAAGCAACAGAGGAGGAGGGAGUGGAAGCAACAGAGGAGGAGGGAGUAGAAGCAACAGAGGAGGAGGGAGUGGAAGUGGGUGCGGUUGAACUUGAGAAUGUGGGGAAUAAGGAUGCAAGAAUGGACGAGGAAGAGAGGAUGGAAGAGGGUAAGGAAGAGAGGAUGGAAGAGGGUAAGGUAGAGAGGAUGGAAGAGGGUAAGGUAGAGAGGAUGGAAGAGGGUGCGGGGAGUGGUGUAGCGUCAGUGGCGGCUGCGCCUGCCGCGUCUCCUGCUGCCCAGCCAGCAGUGGUGGGGCGACUGCGAAGUGACUUCCUCAACCGCUUCCAGCAGCAGCAGCAGCAGCAGCAGCAGCAGCAGCAGCAGAUGAUAGAGGGAGAAGGGAAGAGAGAGGGAGAGGGUGCGACAAUACUGGAGGUGAAGGACGAGGGUGUGUCAACAGCGGAAGAUCAUGAGGGAGAGGAAGUGAUAGUGACAGAGAGUGAGGAGGACAGAGCGGUUAAGAAAGGAGAUUCAACAAUAAUGGAGGUGAUGGAAGUGGGUAUGUCAGCGGAAGAUCAUGAGGGAGAGGAAGUGAUAGUGACAGAUGGUGAGGAGGAGAGAGCGGUUAAGGAAGAGGGAGUGGAAGCGAGAGAGGGAGAGGAGUGGAAGCAACAGAGGAAGAGGGAGAGAAAGUGGGUGCGAUCGAGGGUGUGGGGGCCUGUGCCCAUCCGAGCCUGGAGAGCAGGUGCGGCGAGUGGUGUGGCGGCAGUAGCACCUGCGCCUGCCGCCUCUCCUCCCUCACAAACUGGCCCCGUGGGACGACUGCGGAGUGUGGUUGACUCUGAUAUUGCGGCUGAUGCUUCUGCUGCAGCUGAGGAUGAAUACGUUCCUGAAAACUCUGGUGAUUUGGCAGCAGAGCCAGGAGCAGCAGCAACAACAACAGGGGCAGAAACGGCACUGGCAGUUGUUGCUGGGGAUGAGGUUGGAGAGGGAGAGGGGGCAGAGACGGUGCAAGAGGAAGAGGUGCAGUCAGGUGAAUUUUCAGGUGGAGAGGUGUUACAAGGCGACCUGGUUCCGGCUGACGUGGCAUCAGACCCAUCCACUCCUGUGCCAGCUGACGUGGCAUCAGGCCCAUCCACUCCUGUGCCAGCUGACGCAUGGCAAGCGCAGCGGCAGCAGCACCGACCCCCUGCAUCUGCCGCCUCUCCUACUGCAGCAGCACCGGCUCCUACCCCAAACUGCAUCAGUUGGGGCGGACUGCGGAGUGACUUCCUCAACCGCUUCCAGCAGCAGCCUGAGCAACUCCCUGUGCCUCCUUUCAGAUCUCCACAGCCAGCAGCAUCAGCAGCUGUUGGCCGUGUCUCCUGGCAGAGGAGAGGGUGGGGGAGCAUGAGAGCAGAGGGUGUGGAAUCUGCGGCUGCUGAAGGUCCGCUGGCUGAUGCUGUGGGGGAGUUCUCUGCUGAGGUGGCAUCAGAAACUCCUGCUGACGUGGCAGUGGAAGCAACGGCUGAUGUGGCCACGGAAGCACCUGCUGAGGUGGCAGCGGAAGCACCUGUUGACGUGGCAGCGGAAGCACCUGCUGACGUGACAGCGGAAGCAGCUGCUGACGUGGCAUCGGGUGCGGCUGCUGACGUGGCAUCGGGAGCGGCUGCUGAAGUGGCAUCGAAAGCACUUGCUGAGGUGGAGGAGCAGGAGAAUGAGGCAUGGGAGGAAGAGAAGGGGGAAGAGGGUGGAGAAGGAGGAGAGGAGGAAAACGAGGAGGAUGAAAAAGAAGAGGAAGAAACGAAAGAAACAAAGGAGGAAGAAUUGGAGAAUGAGGAGGCGGAGGUAGAGGAGGAGGGUGCAGAAGGUGGGGAGGCUGCGGAGGGGGAGGAGGGUGCAGGGGAAGAGGAGGAAGGAGGGAGUGAGGCAGGAGAGGAAUCCACUGAGGAGGUGACUGUAGAAGUGACAGAGGAAUAUGAGGAGGUGACUGUAGAGGAAACGGAGGAGUAUGAAGAAGUGACAGUCGAAGUGACAGAGGAAUAUGAGGAAGUGACUGUAGAAGUGGAAGAAACGGGAGAAUAUGAGGAAGUGACUGUAGAAGUGGAAGAAACGGGAGAAUAUGAGGAGGUGACUGUAGAAGAAACGGCGGAAUACGAGGAGGUAACUGUAGAGGAGCAGGAGGAGAGGAACGCGGAGGAGCAGCGGGCGCUGCGGCUGCGUGUGGCGAGCAUGAAGCGGUUCAAUGCGGUGCUGGGGGAGCUCAGAUUCCGCCAGGGCAUCCGCGAGGAGGGGGAGGGGGAGGGCGGCACAGGGGGUGGCGGAGGGGGAGGAGCAGGGGCGGGUGAGGGGAGCGGGACGGGCGCGUCUGGGACAGGAGGUGGAGGUGCUGUGGGGCAAGCGGGGGGAGCAGCAGCAGGAGUGGCUCCUAUUGCGCUUCCGGCCAUGGCAGGUGCUGCUGGUCGGCAGCAGCCCAAUCCUCACAGUCCGGGCAAGCGAUCGCGGAUGCUGUCGCUGGUGGCGUCACAGGGCCUGCACGUGCCGGCGAGUGCAGUGACUCGCGAGAUCAUGGGGCUCACAGGGGGGAGUGCGGCUGGGGGCGAGCCGCAGUAUGGUAUCCUGGGACAUAAUGCUCACUCACCCGUGUUGCUUCCCUUACCCCCCUUUCAUUGCUUGCAGCGAUCGCGUAUGCUGUCGCUGGUGGCGUCACAGGGCCUUCACGUCCUGGCCAGUGCAAUGACUCAGGAGAUCAUGGGGCUCACAGGGGGGAGUGCUGGUGUUGCGCCGGUCACGCAUGCUGUCGCUGGUGGCGUCACAGGGUCUGCAUGUGCCGGCCAGUGCAGUGACUCGGGAGAUCAUGGGGCUCACAGGGGGGAGUGCUGGGCUGGGGAGUCGGAGCAUGGUGGUUCGGGACAGUAUGGGGCGUGCGGGAGGGGUGGUGCUAACCUGGGGCUGAGUCGCAGUAUGGUGAAGGAACGAAAGCAGCCUUCGUUGCUGGAUAGUAGUGGUAGCGAGGAGGAAGAGGAGGAGGAGGAAGAGGAGGAAGAGGAGGAAGAGGAGGUGGAGGAGGAGGAGGAAGAGGAUGAUAAUGAUGAGGAGGGUGAGGGUGGAGCAGAGGAAGGGGAGGGAGAAGAAGAGGAAGAGGAAGAAGAGGAGGGGGAGGAGGAAGAGUAUGGAGAGGCGGCGGAGGAGGAGGAAGCAGGGGGAGAGGGAGGAGACGAGGGAGAGGAGGAGGAGGAGGAUGCACAGGAGGAAGUAGAUGGAGUGGAUCAAAAAGAGAAUGAGGAAAGCGCGGAGGAGGAAGAGAAGGAGGAGAACGAGGAGAAUGAGGAGCAGGAGGACUUAGAGCACGAAGAUAUGGAGGUUGGGGGCGAGGCGACUUGGAAGAUGGAGGGAGCGGAGGAGGGUCCAGGUGAAGGGGAGUCAGCUGAGGAGGACGAUGAGAGCAAUGAGGAGGAAGAGGAGGAGGAGGUAGAGCAGGAGGACCUGGAGGAGACGCAGCAGGACACACGGAUAUGGAGGGGCGAUGAGUCUUGGGACUUGGAGGAGGCUGAGGAUGCUCCCGCUGAGGAUGCUCCAACCGAGGACACUCCAGCUGAGGAGAGCCCAGCUGAGGCAGGAGGAGGAGCGGAUGAGGAAGCAGGCAGUGAUUCUGCCAAAGACCCCCUGCUGCUGAAUGUGUCUGAGGGUGAGGGGCGUGCUCUUGCUGCUGUGGUGGCGUCUGCUGCUGCUGAUACCACCAGUGCACCCUCUAACAAGGCUGCGACUGUGGACGUUUCUGCUGGGAGGGUGAAAGCACUGGCUGCUGUGGUGGCUUCAUCUGCGUCUGCUGACGCCACCAGUGCACCCUCUAAGGAACCGGCGACUCUGAAUGUUGCAGAGGGGCGUGUGAAGGCUCUUGCUGCUGUGGUGGCGUCUGCAACUCCUGACACCACAGCUGCAGCCCCGAAAGAGGCAGCAACUAUAAAUGUUCCUGGCGGGCAUGUGAAAGCUCUUGCUGCCGUGGUUGCGUCAACUGCUGCUCCUGCUGACGCCACCAGUGCAUCCCCCAAAGCGGCGGCGGCUGUAGAUAUCGCUGGCGGGCAUGUGAAAGCUCUGGCUGCUGUGGUGGCGUCUGUGGGUGCUGCUGGUGCCACCAGUGCACCCUCUAACGAGCUCUUGCUCCCUCUGGCUGCUCCUGCUGCUGCUGAUACCACCAUUGCACCCCUUGAAGAGGCAGCGGCUCUAGAUGUUGCAGAGGGGCGUGUGAAGGCUCUUGCUGCUCUGGUGGCUUCUGUGGCAGCUGCUGACUCUGUCAGUGCAACGCCUAAAGGUGUGGCGAAUCCUGAUUUUGCAGAGGGGCGUGUGAAGGCUCUUGCUGCUCGGGCUGCCUCUGCUGCUGCAAACAACAGUGCUGAAAGCACCGGCGGUGCUUCAAAGGACUUGGUCUCUCUGGAGGUUGGAGAGGGGCGGGUGAGAGAGCUCGCUGCUAUGGCUGCCUCUGCUGCUGCCAACAGCAGUGCAACCGCCAGUGCUGCUUCAAAUGACCCCUCUCUGGAUGCCCUGGCUGCUCUUGCUUCCACUGGUGCUACCUCUGGUAACAAUGUUAGUCAAGGCCAAUCUAAUAGCAAUGGUGAACCCACCACGCUGUACGGCAAUGACAAGAGCAUCCAGCAGCAGCAGCAGCAGCACUACCCUGCUCCCUCCCCACGCCUCAUCCACCGUCCCUACUCCCCGUCACCGCGCUCCAUCCCUCACUCCCCAUCCGCCCAUCUCCCCUGCUACACUCGCUGCCCCUCCACCCAUCUCGUGAGCCCCAUUCGCCCCCGAAGAAGCUUCAGCCCUAGUAGGUUCCGGGCAUUUGAUGCUGCAGCAGUGGCAGCAGCAGCCUUGUCAGGAGUUUCCCCUCAGCGCCGCCGCUCCCCUUCGCCGAACCUCCCACGUUAUUCCGCCUCUCCGGGGGCUUAUCCUAGCGGCUUUCCCAUCCGAACCUCGUCUGUGAGCCCGAGCCAGUCACCCAUGGCCCGAGGCCUGCCUCCACGGCUGCCGCCGAGGUUCGGCAGCAGCGUGAGGUUUGGUGGGGGUGCGAGGGACCCGAGGUUUGGCGAGUUCCGUGAUUCGUCGAGAGAUUCAGAUUUCCGCGAGGGGGCGGGGAGGAGAGGUGCUGGCAUGGGGGAGGUAGGGGGAGGUGGAGCAGGAGGGGUUGGGGGUUUGGGGAGUGGGGGAGGGAGUGGGGGAUACAGCAAAUCUCGGUCGUUGGAUCGACAGAUAAUGGUGGGAUCACCAGGAGGGAUGGUGGGAGGCGCGGGGGAUGUGCUUAUAACGAAGGGCAGUGGCGGCGGCAUGGAGGGAGAAGGGCAUGAGGGGGAAAUGCUGGGGGAUGAUGCAGAAAACGAGGAGGAGAGAGAGGAGGAAGAUGAAGGGGAGGAUGAGGACGAUGAGGAGGAGGGAGAGGAGGGAGAGAGAGGAGAAGGGUCCACCUACUGUAGCGGCAGAGGUUGUACGGGAAUGGACGGAGGCAGGGAGGGAGGGGUGGGUGAUGUGGCUGGGGUGUUGGGGAAUGGAGCAUUGGUGUUUGGUGCAGUUGAUGUGGCCGGGGACAGCAGGGAAGUCGGUGGGGGCGAUUGGAGAAAUGCAUGGGGAGGCGUGCGGCAGGAGGGAUGGAAGAGGGCGAGAAGCGUUGCAACUGGAGUAAUGGCGACUGGUGGGGUGAUGGCAGGUGGGCAGCAGCAGCAUUCGAUUUACAGAGGGAUAGCAGAGGGAGAAGAGGAGGGAGGGAUGGAGAACAAAAAGGACGGACCAGCUGUGGUAGAAGGGGAAGUUGUUGGGGGGGUGGAGCAGAAAAAGAGGCAGCAGAGGGAGAUUUUGCAGCUGCAAACAGCAACACGGGUGCAGAGGGGAGAGGGAGGAUGGGCUCACUUGUGUGCCAAGAUGGAGCAGCAGAGGCAGCUGUAUGAAGCCCAAGGUGAGCCUUAUGUGUGCCUUAUGAAUCUCAAGGUGAGCCUUAUGUGGGAGAGGAUAGUGUGUAACAGUGUCAAGCUGCUGGGUGCGUUGGAGUCUCCUACCAGAUGGCCUCACCUGUGUGCCAAGAUGGAGCAGCAGAGGCAGCUGUAUGAAGCCCAAGACGACUCAAGAGCCACCCAGCUAUCAGACCUGCCGGACGAGUUCAUCGUCCAGAUCCUCUCUCGCCUCACCGACCCGCUCGACUGGACGGCGUGUCUCGUCCUAUCCAGACGCUUCGCCGCCCUCUCCUGCCUCGCGCUGCAAGCCCUCUACCUCCUCCCGAACCGCCUGCUCCCCAAGCCUCUGCUGGCUCGGUACCUAGCCUGUUACCCGAACCUGGCAGUGCUGUAUCUGCCCUGGAACAGCGUGGAGGUGGAGGGAGAUGAUGUUUUCGAGAUGAUUGCUUUAUCCAGAUUGGAGCUGCAGGCUCUGCAUGUCGAUGUCUUCCCGGUUACAAUGUAA